CGCUUUCGUCUGUCUCUAUGUUAAGUCAUCCGGCGUCCACCGACAAUAAGCGGGACCACACGAAAGGGUACGCGCGUAAAAGUUGGAAACUUGAACUUUAACACGUUUUGUCGUUGGUGAUGAUUGACUAAGAUGCUGCGAUCGUUACCGUUGUUGAUAAAAUAAGUCAGUGAUUAACUGUUAUGCUGCACAUGAUAACACAAUUAUAUGACAGUGUACAUUUGUGGUAAAGGAGCGUGCAAACCAUAACCGUUCGAAAAUGAAGAUCCUAGCAGCAAAAACGCUGUUAAUGUGUUUAUUAUGUGCGGAUGUAAUAAAAGCCCAGUCCACUUCGCAAACUGCUAGUGAAAAUGCAAACAGUAGUGUCGCGUCGUUUGAAAAUCUAGUUAUUCUGGAUGAAGUUCUCAAUGUGUUUGAUAUUCGCAACAUUGGAGUGAAUUGGAGUAACAUCAGCAGACGAUUGACAAGCAGUUGUUCCCAUGAAAUGGAGAACUAUUUGCGAGGAUUACAAGCUGGAAAAAACUGGGCCGUGAAAAUGGACGACUCAUCAGGAAAGUAUAACGCAGGAUUUUUCUGGGGCAACAACUACUGGACUGGAUCAAUUACGCAGUGUUCCUUCAUCUAUCGGGAGAUCACCACAAAAAAUCCCAGCAAAAACAUAACGAAGAUCAACAAGAAUACAGACUUGACCUACAUUAAUGGAAAUUUUCUUGGAGCAUCAGAAAUGAUGCAUGAAAAUCCGCCUUUCCAGCCUGGAUUCUAUAUGCUAAAAGUAUUACUAAACAAUACACAUACGCUAGGACCGCCUAGGACUGUACUGAUGGGUCUAUGUCUUCCCGGUUCCUGCCAACUGAACGACGUUGUCGAGAUGACCCAAAAAACUGAAGAGUCAGCAAAAAAUUUUCACGUAUUAGGCGUGAGAUCACCGACGCUGAAUAACUUUUCCUUGUGGAAAGACUUCACGUUUCAGAUACUAUUCUCAGCAACUGUAAUAGUCACACUAUUACUGAUUGGAGGUACAGGAUACGAUUUAAUACUCAGAAAAAGGUAUGCUGAUAAAAUACGAAUGAAGAAAUACUCAAAGGAUCUCAACUCCGAAUCAUCUUCUGGCCUUGGAUGUACGACGUAUGACCUUACGCAAGGUCUUCCUGAUAAAGCAAAUAAAGCAAGCUGCAAUACGUUUGGCAUACCUACUGGAGUAAAUAACAAUAAUUCCGAUGAAAAUCUAGCAAUCGAACCAAAUGCGGCUGACGAUGAAAAACUUGGUGUUUGCGCAGAAUUACUUCUGUCAUUUUCUGUGGUAACCAACUUCCAGGCGAUUUGUGACAAGAAUGUUGGAAAUGAUACGAUUCCUUCUAUACAUGGGUUACGAGCGAUUUCAAUGCUAUGGGUUAUUUUAGGACAUACCAUGAUUGUCGUAUUCAAGUACUCCGACAACAUGGAACUACGGAAAGUGGUCGAAAGAGAGGUAUUGUUCCAAGCUGUCCUGAAUGGCGCAUACAGCGUGGACACUUUCUUCUUCAUCAGUGGAUUUUUGGUAUCAUACAUCUACUUCCGCACCAAUGCGAAAGGGAAGCUUGAAAAACUCACACAGGGCGUCAAUGAUUUCACCGCUGGGAUGUAUCACUUUUUCGGACUAGUUGGCUAUCGAUUUGUGAGGUUAACCGCACCUUACCUGUACGUUCUUGGAGUCGUCGAAGUUGUCAUGCGAUAUUUAGAACAAAAUUCUGUCUUUGAGCCCCCUACCCAAGAUCACGUAAACUGCCCCAAAUAUUGGUGGAGGAACAUUAUGUAUGUCAAUACAUUCUUCCCUGUAGAGCAAAUGUGCAUGCUCUGGAGUUGGUACUUGGCCGAUGACACACAGUUUUAUAUAAUUGGAGCAAUAAUUCUGAUAAUCGCCGUGCGACAUUUCAAAUUCGCUGCAGGAAUGUUAACCGUCUUCAUGAUUUCUUCCUGGGCCACUACGGCAUACAUAGCAUUCUCAAACAAUCACAUGCCAAACGCUGAUGAUCCUUUCGCGCUGUUCGAUAAGAUAUACGAUAAGCCCUGGACACGGUUAGGUCCUUAUCUUGUGGGGAUGUGUGUCGGAUGGAUCCUGUUCAAAACUAACUGCAAAAUAAAAAUGUCGAAGUUCGCUGUUAUUUUGGGAUGGACUGGAGCGAUACUCAUGAUGUUGUAUUUAUUGUUUGGAUUGUUCAAUACAACUCUCACUCAACUGGCCGCCGCAGCGUACAGCUCACUGAGUCACACAGGAUGGGCAUUAGCAUGCGCCUGGGUCAUCAUUGCCUGCUCGACGGGUCACGGUGGAUGGGUAAAUAAUCUACUGUCUGCGCCACUUCUGUAUCCAUUCUCCAGGGUAACGUACUGUGCGUACUUAGUGCACCCAAUAGUAAAUAGGAUAUAUGCAAUGGAAUCGGAUUCUCCAAUACAUAUGUCACCGAAUAGUUUAUCUACGUUAUAUUUAGGACAGGUGGUAUCUUCGUAUGUGUUAGCGUUUCUGAUUUCACUUUCAUUUGAAGCACCUGUAGUUACUAUGCUCAGAAUAUUAUCACCAAACAGAAAGAGGCAGGUGUAACCGACAAAUUAGUAGAUAUUAAGACAUGCUUUUUCUCAUCCCUCCUAUUCACCAACGCUUUUUUGUAUUCAAAUAUUUAUGUGCAACAUUCCUUUGUUAGGCAAUUAUAGAUUAGGUGCUAAUACUAAGGGUGAACAUAACAUGAGUAUGUAGUAUUCUAGCGCCUCUGUGUUCUGAGUUUUCCUGUUUUGCGUAUUCAAGCGAAUAUGAGAGAGAUAUCGAAAAAUGCUCAAUGAUUGAAUAAGUAUUUGUAAACACAUACAAUGACAUUUGACUGAUGCUAUUAAAUUAUACGAUCGAUAAAAAUUAAUAACAAUAAA